AGGCGAACUUCAGCCUUUGUCUUGCCAUUCAUACAAGAUGGAUCUAACGUUCGUUCCCGUUCCUAGUCCACACAUCGCUGAUUACAUCGUUAUCGUCAUCUUCCUCUGUAUCUGUAUGGGUAUUGGCGUUUACUAUGGUUACCAGGACAAGAAAAACCCUACCCUUGAGAACUACUUCUUCGGAAACCGACAACUUCUAUUUGCACCAGUGGCUAUGUCCAUUUUUGUGUCAUUCUUCUCUGCGAUUUCACUUAUAGGAUUUCCAGCUGAGAUAUAUAUGUUUGGAAUACGCAUCAUGACAUUUAUUUUUGGCUACGCUGUGUCCUUGCUACUUGUCAAUGUGACCAUUGUUCCCGUUCUGUACCCGCUUAAACUUAUCAGCAUAUACGAGUAUCUACAACUGCGGUUCAAUUCCAAAUGUGUUCGCCUCGUAGGAACGGUGAUCGGGAUGAUUCAGACGUUUUCCUAUAUUGGCGUAUCACUGUACGCUCCUGCAUUGGCUCUUCAAGUGGUGGCUGGAAUACCUCUGUGGGUUUCGAUAGUUGUUAUCGGAGUAGUUGGUACCAUAUACACAGCCAUCGGAGGAAUGAAAAGUGUGGUGUGGACGGACGUAUUUCAGUGUGUCGUGAUAUUUAUUGGCCUGUUAGUCAUUGUUAUAAAGGGAACCAGUCUAAUGGGGCCACAUCACUCUGUUUUCGGGAUCGCUUAUGAAGGUGGACGACUGGAGUUUUUUAAUUUUGACCUGGACCCAAGGGUUCGACACACAAACUGGGGUCUCUUCAUAGGAGUAAUUUUUAACCAGAUGCCAUCCUGGUGCAACCAAACAAGCGUCCAGAGGAUCCUGUCUCUCCGUAAUCUGCGAUCAGCGUAUAAGACAAUCUUGUUGGUGAUCCCAAUUGUUGCCAUCAGCUACGGAAUGGUAGGGUAUCUUGGUAUCCUUGUUUACUCGUACUACAACGCAGUGAAAUGUGAUCCUAUCCAGGCUGGAUUCAUCUCAAACUUCAAUCAGUUGACUCCAUAUUUUGUGAUGGAUGUGCUAAGAUCAUUACCCGGUUUUUCUGGUCUGUUCAUCAGCUGUGUUUUUAGCGGAGCACUCAGCUCAUUUUCAUCCGGAAUCAACGCUUUAUCAGCCAACACCAUGGAGGACAUAAUCGGCGAUUUCGUUAAAAAUUCAAAAAUAAUUUCACAAUCACUGACUGCGAAAUUGCUCGUUUUUCUGUACGGCAUGGCGGCCACAGGUCUGGCGUACGGCAUCAGUUUCAUGCCAGGUUCCAUAGUACAGAUCGUUGCUGUUGCGUUCGGGGCUUGCGGAGGACCAUUGGUGGGACUUUUCUUUUUGGGCGGAAUGAUACCGAAGGCGAACUGGAAGGGAGCCCUUGUGGGCAGUGUGAUGGCUAUGAUGCUUAACAUUUGGAUAGCAGUAGGAGGCAUAUUUUACGGGAAGCGACCGGUAAAGUUAGCCCAGAAUCCGACGAGUGGCUGUUUCCCUGGCAACCUCACAGUUACAAUGAACGGAUCAUCGAUGUACAGUUAUGAUACGACAACUUCCCUGUACGAUAUAACGGGAAACUUGACCAUGUCACAAAGUGACCCAACAACGUCAAGUAAAGGGUUUUUCCUGUACGAUAUAUCCUACACCUGGUACGGUUUAAUCGGGUUCCUUCUGACAAUGAUUAUCGGUACUGUCGUCAGUUUAAGUACAGGUGGUGACCGCGACGAGUCUGUUAAAGUCCAUCUUAUAUUCCCUGUCUGUAGGAAGUUGUUCGGUCUGAAAUCUAAUUCCACAAAUGAGAGUGAGGAUAAGACUCUAUCACUGAUGCCACCCAACGCUACCAACGGAGAUUCACUCAUUUCAUAUUCGGAAGGUGAAGAACCGAAUGUACCUACAUUAUAGGAUCAUUUUGAUUAAUACAUCGUAAUAUGGUAAUCUAAACGGUCAUGUGUACAUUCCUUUUAUGAUAUUAUUUUAUUCAUUUACUGG